AUGUCAAAAGCCGUAACCAGCCCUCAAGAAAAGCCCAAAGCCAAAAUAAUUGAAAAAUACUUCCCUGGAGUCCGAGUCCAAAAAGAUAUCAGGAAAUACCAAAGCUCAACUGAACUUUUGCUAGGCAAAAAAGCCUUCAAAAAGCUCCUAUUAGACGUAUCUUUAGGUUUAACCAAAGACAGUUCUUUAAAAUGAAGCAAACUUGCAGUAGAAGCCAUGCAGCAUUCAGCCGAGGAUUUUCUCGUCGGCCUGUUUGAAGACUCCAAUCUUUGCUCCCUUCACGCCAAAAGGGUAACUUUACUCGUCAAAGAUAUGCAGCUUGCCAGAAGAAUCCGGGGGAGGUUUGAAAAACUCGUGAAUAUAGUGCAGAAAUAA